AUGGCUACUCAAAUUCCGUUCAAUAUAAAGUUGAAAACAACUUUGAAAAUGUGCAUACAAAGACUACGCUAUACUCAGGAGAAGCAGCAAUCAUUAGCCAAGAAAUCUAGAAGGGAUGCCGCGAAGUUACUUGCAGAAGGGAAGGAGCAGAAAGCCCAUUAUAGGGUCGAGAGUUUAAUCAAUGAUGACAUCCACAUUGAGUUGCUGGAAAUAUUAGAGUUAUAUUGUGAACUGUUGCAUGCUAGAAUUGCUAUACUGAAUAGUAUUGUUGACGAAGCAGACUUGAUUGAAAACCAUGUUGAUGAUGGUAUAAACGAAGCGGUUAGGGCGGUGGUGUAUGCAACUUUACAUGCAGCAGAGAUAAAAGAAUUGCAGCAGGCAAAAGAUCUGAUCACGCACAAAUUUGGGUUAGACUUUCUGAGAGCAAUUGUGGAAGACAAAAUUGGUGUUCCUGAAAAGAUUUUGACCAAAUGUUCACCACGUUUACCAAAGGAAGAGCUAGUCGAGCUUUAUUUAUCUGAGAUUGCCCGUACUUAUGAAGUUCCAUAUAGCAAACUUCGUGAGGAAUCCGAAGAUGAAGAUAAUGAUGAAAGUACAAGCAGUGAAGGUGACGAAGGCGGUAUCGGGGAAGAAAUUACAAAUCUCAAGGAUGAAACAUCAGUGAAUACACAUGAUAGUGAUGACAAUAAACCGAUUGUUGCGGUAGAAAGUGAUGCUAUUGAUGACAAGAGCCAUCCAAUUACCGUUAAGAAACCUCGUAAGAAUAGUGACACCGUAGGAGCCAAAUUAAAGAUCCCAGAUGACAUCAAAAGGGAUGUGAAAAUCGUUACCAAGAAAGAAAAAGUUUUCGAUACUGAUCUGGAUGAACUGAAAAAAAGAUUUGCUGCCUUGCGUAGAUAA